GAUUAUCAUAUAUCACCGUUUCAAGUUAAAUAGUGAAAAUAAUCGAAGUUUUUAGCAGAAGCGAGGUUUCGUGGAAACUUAUAUAUAUAUAUAUAUAUAUAUAAAUCAUAUCUUGUGACAUAUCCUGUCACAUGCAAAUCAGCAGACAGUCUUAGCUCACUUGAUAGUCAUAGCGCUUCAGUAAUAAACAACGUCAAACAAUGGCAAGCACAAGAUUAACUCCUGAUCUCUUGUCUACAAAUGAUGUGGCUGAUUCACGAUUUGAUUGUGUUGUACUUGUGACAAACUGCAUAGACAAUCUUGAUGGCAAUCCUGGUUUGUUGAAAGAGACCUUGACUGAAUACAGCCAAGUUGGGGACCUUAAAGAACUGACGGUUCUUUAUUGCAAUGCCUUACCAUCGAAACGUUUAAUCUGGAGUCCAACUGGUCCCAUUAAUAGAGAUUAUGAUGAUGUGAGGAGAUGGAGUGACGCAGCAGAAAAAGGCAUCAAAAAGUCUACAGCACUGAAGUGUAAAAAGCCAUUGUUGGUUCCUGUUGUAAAGGGUAGCUUUGAACAAUCUCACAGAGUUACCAUACUGGGAGCACUCCAAGGAUUGUAUGUUCCAAUUGAGAUAAGAGAGGAUGUGCCAGAGAGGUCUGUUAAAGCCGAAAAACUUGGAGUUUGGUUCUCAGACACUUCUGAUGCAAGUAAAGAACUGCUAGUAUGCACAGCUUUAGAAGAAGGAAGAGUGGUCACUCGAGACAUUGGUGGGUCUGACCCAGAGAGGAUGGCAGCACCAAAAGUGGCUGAAUAUGUGAAAAAAGUCUUGGGUCAUUCAAAUUCUGACAUUAAGAUAACCACCCAGUCAAAUGUUGAUGAACUUGAGAAGAGCUAUCCACUCCUUGGAGCUGUUAAUAGAGCAACUAGAAAUUUGGAGCGUCAUGCAGCGAGAGUCCUCCUAUUGGAAUACACUGGCAGUGGGUCUACUGAAGAAAAUGUCUAUCUUGUUGGAAAGGGUAUCACUUAUGACACCGGUGGCCACGAUAUCAAAGCUGGUGGCCAUAUGGCUGGUAUGCACCGUGAUAAAUGUGGAGCAGCAGCAGUAGCUGGGUUCUUUAAGGUGUUAUCCAUUUUGAAACCUAAAGGCAUAAAAGUAACAGGAUCCAUGUCUAUGGUACGAAAUAGUGUUGGACCAGAUGGCUAUGUUGCCGAUGAGAUCGUUACCUCUCGCUCCAAUGUCAGGGUUCGUGUUGGUAACACUGAUGCUGAAGGAAGAAUGGUGAUGGCUGAUUUGUUGUGUUACAUGAAAGAACAGGCUAAAGGUGUGAAAAAUGCUCAUAUUUUCACAAUUGCUACCCUCACAGGCCAUGCUGUACUAGCAAUGGGAUCUGAUUACACUGCAAUCAUGGAUAAUGGCCCAGCCAAGAAGAAGAAGAUGUCUCAAAAUCUCCAGGAAGUUGGACAUUCAAUUGGAGAUUUAUUUGAAAUUUCGAACAUCCGCCGUGAGGUAAAAUUUUAUCUAUCUUACCAUCUUCGUUCCCUCAUCUCCUAUUUCAACUAUGUUCUUCAGUGUAACAAUUUACCAUCUUCUCAGACACCAAGAGGUCACCAGACACCAGCUGCAUUCCUUAUUUUAGCAUCAGGAAUGGACAAACAUGGUAUUGAUUCCAACAUUCCAAUUCCUUACUCCCACAUUGAUGUUGCUGGUUCAAGUGGACCAUUUCCUGGUGUUCCAACUGGAGCUCCUGUUUUGGCACUAUCCAGUCAUUACAUUCUCCCUCGUAUCUGAAAUCAUUCCAGAACAAAAUGAAAUACGAUAGAGAAAUAUUUGAUUUCUUUGUAUUAAUUCUAAUAGGAUUAUUUUUCUCAAUCUAUUUUUUCAUUCCUAUUUGAAAUCUUAAGAAUAAUAAAGAUCACUAUUCAAAAUU